AUGCCUAGCACUUUAGCGCUCAGAGCUGAAUGUACAAGCCCGAGCAACGUGGCGUAUCGACUCGGUCCCCCUUUUAGCAUAUCUAGGGAGCAUGUGGUGGUAUCUACGUAGAUGAUAACUCCAGGCCCAUUCCCACAAGAUACUCCGCAAGCCACUGAAAGCCGCUAGUGCUGCUUACAAGAAUUCGACUCCAAAUGCUUUUAAAUCCCCCCGAGCCCCUACCUGUUCGGUUUCUGUAGACAACUCUCACAUGGGUCGCAUAUUUCCUGGGUAACCUCUUUUCCAAGCAAAUGUUGAGAGGAGCAACUUUUCUCACCUACUAAUGACCUAACGCCUUCCUCGGCGGUUGCUUCCUUUAUUCCCAUUCAUUCUAAAAACUCAGGCUUGGCUGUCUAGCCGCAAAUCAUCUCAUCAUCUCAUCAUGGCCAAAUCAAACGGUAAUGCUGAACCGGUUGGAGUUGUGAACGGGGAGAAGAAUGGCGACGCGCCGCCACAAUACAGUGCAGAAAAUAAUCAAGCACCGACCCAGCCCGAGGACCCGUCCAUCGACGACCUAAACUCGGCGUUUGCCUCACUUAAUCUCCCAUCCCAAACCAAGGAUGUUACCCCCGACACCUGUCUAGCACAUCUAAAGCUUCUCGCUGCUUUUCAUAACCUUCAGGAGGAUAUAGGCUAUACUGACGGCCUGUGGGGUCUGUUCGACAGUCGCGUCCUUUCGCAAGCAGAUAGAAAGGCCAAGGCUGUGGAGAAGGGCCUAAAGCUCCAUGAGAAGACAGAACAGCGCCUAGCGAAUAUCCGUGAAAAGCGAUGGGCUCUAUUUAUCGCCAGGGCCGUGGACCGAUAUGAGACGUGGUGGGAUAAGCUCUCCACAACAUACCUGACUGAGAGUGAUAUGGAAGAUAAGUCCGAGAGAUAUACCGAUUUUACUACUAGGAGUAGUUUUCUUUCAUGGGCCGAAAACAUAUUACCUCCCCUAGAUGUGCUUAUGGUCUGGCAUGCUCAUAUGCUCAAUCCUAGGGCCUACCUAGAGGAUUGUGUGCUCCAUGGUUUAAAUGGACUUUGGAUGAGUGGCAUGCCAUGGGAACUCGUCAACAACGCUAUUGAUAAUGACUUCAACUACAAUGUCUCUCCAGAAUGCAAAUCUGCAUGGGAAAAUAUCAUAGGCCGAAAAUGGGACAAUACUGAGGAUCCGAUGGCCAAAACUCUCAAGUGCCCCAGCUGCUCCAAAGCUCACCAAGUCCCAUGGACCACCACCUCACUGCCCGAGGAUUGCAUGGAUCAAGAGCCAGGCUUUGCUGGGGAGGGUUACGGAGACGGCAACUUCUCGCAUAAAUGCUCAAAAUGUCAAGAGAAUAUCACAAGAGAGCUUCUCGAGGUCAGAAAGUUUGUGAAAGAUGCCCGAGAGCUGCUUUAUCACCACCGGCCGAUGCCAGGGACUAUCUUAGAUAACGGGACAGGAAUUCCAACUAGGCUCCCCGAAAUUGAGCGAAUUAGAAUCAAGGAUGGACGCACAUUCCCAAACAGGCUGAUCAAGAAAAAUAUUAGUAAAUUUCUUGAAUUGCUUCAGCCUAAAAAGACACAGUCGAUGGAAAGCGUUCGUCUUAUUAUUGAGGAAGCAUUGAGGGACAAUAAGCUUCUCAAGGAGGUCGAAGGCGUAACAGGUCGCGAUGCUUAUAAGCGGUACCGACUGGGCUCGCAAGCUCGAGCACAUGUGAGGAAAAUGAUGUCGCGAUACUGGGGAAACCCCUCGCCUUUUGCCCUCGAUCUUAGCGGCGCUGUGCUACGACAGGGCAUUUUUACAGAAAAGAUGCACAAGAUUGACUGGUUACACAGCCCAGCGGCCAGGGACACGAUGACACGACUAAUUGUAAAGUACACGCGCUUCGUAAAAAUCAUGGCCUUACAUCCAAACCAAAUCGCGGUUCCUACAUUAGAUGUAGACUUAGCGUGGCACACGCAUCAACUUAGUCCUUCGGUAUACGCUGCUUGGACUUCGGGAAAAACUCGCCAGCUAAUAGACCACGACGACAAGAUUGACGAGAGCAAGCUAUCUACCUCUUUUGAGUGGACAAGCAAGACUUACCAAGAAAUGUACAACGAAGUCUACUCAGAAUGCACGUGCUGGUAUUGCGAGUCAAUUCGUGCCGCGCACGUCUCAAAUGUUGGCAGCAUCUUUCGGGUGUCUAAAAGUGACAAGAUCACCGAAUCCUUCCACAAAUCAGGCCAAGCAUCGACAUGCCCACCUGACAAGAGCGCCCACAUCUCGGCGCACAACUCGGUGCUAUUCCACGACGUGAGUAAAUAUCGAGACAUGGCCAUCCGCCGCGCACACAAGGCACACAAGGAUUAUCUCGACAAGAACUACGCCAAGGCCCAGAAGCGCGCGAAGAAGAAGGGCCGUGAGAUCCCCCCGCGCGACGAGUACUAUCACAACUACUGGGGAUACCCGUACAUGAUGUACGGCCCCUUUGUCUACCCCGUCUACUUCACCCCCGCGUACUACCCCUGCGGCGAUCCUAGUGGUGCCGCUUCAGGCCAGGGGGCGCAGGGCGGAUGCGCGUAUGGCGCUUGUGGACAAGGAAGUGGUGGGUGUGGCGGAGCUGGCGGGUGUGGUAGCAGUGGUGGUGGUUGCGGCUCUUCCGGCCCGGCGUGUGGGGGAGGUGGGGGAGGUGGUGGAUGCGGUGGUGGCGGCGGAUGUGGUGGAAGUGGCGGCGGUGGCGGCGGUUGCGGUGGUGGUGGUGGUGGAUGUUAGGGACGCUGGCUGUCGGCCACAACCCCCAGAUGCUGACUGCAUGCCUACCUAGGUACUUACGUGACAUCGGUAUUCCCAGUAUGCAUACCAACCUUGGAACUUACCUACCUACUUAAUAAAGACGAGCGACGGACGACGGUAGUGCAUUGUUAUGAGUUAGGAUUAUGAUGAGCUAGGAUUAUGAAGCGUGCCGUCCGUAUUGUACCUUGAGUUCGAUGAAGACCUGUAUUUUUCAAGUAGGUAUACUUAAUUCUCAUUAGGCCUUUUGAUAUAUUUUUACAUUGGCAGUG